AUGCUUCUUGAAAAUUAAUGCGACGUUACAUGCUGCUAUCUUUGUGGUGUCGCCGAUCCAUGGCAGCGUGAGUACAACGGUAUCAAAAUUUCGCACGAACUUGUGCACGGGAUGAAACGAUUUAUCGCUUGUAAAACUUGUGUAACCCCUAUGGGACAGGAUCCAACUGGAAUGGUGCUGAUUGAUCAUUUCAUGAAACAACAUAUGCUAGAUCAGUCGAAGCGGGUGCGUUACUGCAAAGUCUGCCGAAAAAAUAUAGUCGAGCAUGCGAUUCCAGAGCAUAUUGUUGAGCACCACAAGCUAAUUGCAUUCCGCGCUCGUUACGCACCUCAAUCCACUAUGCUGUCUAUAACAAAUGGUAGCGAAUUCUGUGUCUUCCUUGGCAUCCCACACGAUCUCUGCAAGCUCAACCCACUAGCUGAAUUGACAGAACUUGGUUAA